AUUUAUUUGAUAAUAAUGAAAAUGAAUCAGAUUUAUUUGAUGAAGAUAACUUAGAUGAAUUAGAUAAAUUAAAUUAUUUUAAUGAAAAUCAAGAUAGUGAAGAUUAUUAUAGUGAGGAUCAAUAUAGUGAAGAUCUAUAUAGUGAAAAUCAAGAUAUUGAAGAUUUAUAUAGUGAAAAUCAAGAUAUUGAAGAUCUAUAUAGUGAAAAUCAAGAUAUUGAAAACCAAAAUAUUGAAGAUCAAGAUAGCGAAAACUAA